AUGCCGGCCUUUCGCGAGCCACUGGAUGCCGUUGCGCCACACAUCGCCAACAUGGAGCUCGACGACGCCGCCCUCGCGCCUCGACAGCCUGUCAUGGACGCGCCCGCAAUCGCUUUGGAUGCGCCCAAUGCAGCUGCUGCAGCAAUGGGCAAGCGACAGAACGUGAUAUAUACCCAACAAGGCAUCAUCCCCACCUACUACGAUCUGUCGGGCCCAGAGCCCGGUACGGUUGUCGGCAUCGUCCUCGGCAGUGUUGCCGGCUUUCUCUUAUUAUGCUGGUUGCUGCAGUCGCUCGUAAACACCUCGCGGAGAUCCAGGACGGCAAUGGCUGGAGAGGAAGAGAUUGUAGUACGCAGGGCCCGACGUAACUCACAUGGAACAACCCGAUCGUCCCGCCGCCGCUCAGAGGUCCGCGAGGUCAGCAGGAGCCCGCGCAGGUCGGGCACCCGCUCACAGAUCAUUGUCGAAGAGAGGCGACAGCCGGUACGCUCAAGGAGCGUUGUUGUAGAGGAACGGCACCGCGUGCCGGGCGACAACGUGGUCGAGGUCAUUGAGGAGCACGAGGAUUAUCGCGAGAGGCGAGGAAGCCGGAGAGUUCCUAGCGGCUAUCGGUAA